CUGGUCGGCCAUAUUGGCUCCCCGGAGCACGCCGGGAAGUGUAGUCUUACGGCACUCUAAUGGCUGCCACGCGGCGCUUGCCGGUGCGUGCCGGGAGGCGUCGUUUUCGCGGACGUGGCUGCCGGACAGCCCGACUUGCUCUCGCAGGAGCGCGAGGUUGGGGUUUUUUUGCCGGUUUCGAGUGGUUUUCUGCAGGCUUCCAGCCGCUCCCGAGCAGCGGUGCGGCCGUGCUACGAGAGCGCGCGCGCGCUGAGGCGUUGCCCGGUGUCCCGAGACGAGCGCUACCGGUCGGACUCUCCGGAAGCCUGUCCGGCAGCCCCAGGCCGCCCCCGAGCCCUGGCGUGAAGGCGGCAAGCUGGCCCUCGCCUGUGCCGCUUUCUUCCUGAACGGGGGUGCUGGCGGCAGCGGCAGCAGCGCGGGGAAAGAGCGGUGUCUCCGGAAGCCCCUGCAGAAGGAGGAGGGUCUCCGGCCAGGGCCGACCUCCGGUAGUAACGGCCGCUGCUUUUUCUUUCCCUCUCCCAGGCCGCGCUGAGGACGUGGUUGCCCGUCCCUCCCUUGGGGAUGCCGUCGACUGCACCCGCCUCGCCUGUGCCUGGCCUGGCUCGCCUCGUGGCGUGGGGGCGAAAAGGGACAGGCGGCGGAGCGCUUACCGGCCGUGGACAGGAGCUGCCCUAAGGGAAGCUGGAAUGGCCAGAGAAAGGUGAAGAAGAAGAAGAAGAAGAAGAGAUGGAAGGCUCUCCGGCCGGCAGCUGCCUCCCGCUGCAGGCAAGAGAGCGCCUGCCUCGCCGGGCGGAGGACAGCCGAGCGACCGGAGUGACAGCAAAGGAAAGGCGGAGAGCGGGAGAAAGAAGCGUCUGCGCUGGCAAGCUCUCCCGGCAGCGCCGAGAGCCAGAGCUGCGGUGCCGCCGCGCCGAUGCUCCGUACGUUCGCAGUAACGGGUAGAGCGGAAGGCUCCGUGGCCAGGGAAGAGCGGCACGGACGCGUUCCUGCUCGCUCCGUUGCACCGGAAUUUCGACGGCUGGGUUCGGCCGCUAAAUUGAUGGCGCUACCGGAAGAAAUUUCACAAAAAAAGGGUGGCUUUUUCGUCGAUCUCUUGGUGAGAGUAUCAAAUCAGGCGGCGGUAAAUACGUAGAAGCAACUAGGCGUACUACGGCGUGUACCGGACAGCGUUGGCGUGCCGCUCUGCUAGCAGCGGAGAGCCAGAUGAGGAUGCCCGUGAUAUGAGAAAAGCUCUGUCCAGAGAUACGGAGACGAAAUCAGUUGUACCUCAUCCCGUGACACCGGAAGACAUUGAGUAACUGUAAGCUGUGAUGCUCAGUGAAAUUACUAAGAGCGUUAAGUUUCCCGUGCCUUUGCUUUCACUCUCCCAUUCUCUUGUCUUGCGGCACGUCGCAUUUGUUGAGGCCGUGGAAGCGACACCGGGAGCGAUGGGUUGUCAGAACCAGGUCCUCCUGCCUGUCGCUGGUUUUGCUUACCUUCGCCGUCUCUGUGUACCGGCCUGCAUCUCUCUCUCUGUUCCUCAAUCCCUGUCCUCUCUUCUCUGUUCUGCUUUGUUUCACUGCGUAUGUCCCGUUCCCUGUCCCACCUUUAUCCUUCCUUCCUUCUUCCUCGCCUUUUUCUUUGUCCUUUUGUCCUGCUCCCCGACCCUGUUUCUCGCUCCAUCUGACCGUCCUUUUCCUGGCACCUUUGUGUCUCUGCUCCUUGCCCCCGUCUUUCUCUCCCCUCUGCCCAGUCCUCGUCUCCCUCUUUUGUCUCUCUCUCCCUCUGUCCUCCUUCUGCCUCUGCCCCUCUGUCCUGCUCCCUGCCCCUCUUUUUCUCACUCUGCCCCAGCGUCCCGCUCCCCGGUCCUCUUUCCCUCUGUUGCUCUCUCCUUUUCUCUCUCCUUCUCCCUGCUCCCCAGCCCGGUUCUCUCACGCUCCCGCUUCCUUUUUUUAUUCUCUGUUGCUCUGUCCUGCUCCCCGUGCCGCUGUCCCUCGCCGUACCUCUCGGUCCGGCUCCCUGCCCUUAUUCUCUUUUCCUCCCUCGCCGUGGCGCUGCCCGCCCAGGGUCGUUUCUGCCUCUCUGUCCCGCUCCCCGUCCUUGUUUGUCGGUCGCCGUCCCGCUGCCUCUCUUCCUGCCGCUUCUUCCUCCCUCUCUGUCAGGCUCCCUGUCCCCGUCCUUCACUCGCCGUCCCUUUCCUUGCCUCGCGCUUUCUCGCUCGCCGCCGCCCCCCCCAUCCAGCUGGCUGCCCCUUUUCUCCUCUCUUCUAGCGUCCUGCAGCUGGCUCCUCGGUUUUGGCGGCAGCCUGCACAUAGCAGCCCAGCUCUCCAGCAGCCUGACGGACCGACCGUGUGUCUGUUCCACGCCGGACUGGCGAGCGUGGCUCUGGGUAGGACAGCCGAGGUGCCCCAGGGCCGGGCCCCGAGCCCCGGUGCGGAGUCUCUCCCGGGACCGGCUCUGUGUGUGACCGAAUAAACGCUUGCGGUCUCUUUUGCCGUGC